GGGCCCUCUCUUUCCCGAUCUCGAGUUCGUCCGCUAUUCCGCACAACGUAAGCUCGCUAGGAUGUUCCCGUUGCAUUAAUUCAGAUGUGUGGAGAUUGUUUUAUUGACAAGGGUAUGUGAGGGGAGAGAAAGGAAGGAUUCAGUAGCCUAAAGGGCUGGAGAAGAAAAGAGGGCGAGGGCGGAAGGGGAGAGGAGACGAUCCGUACUCCGUACAUGGGGAUGACUUGUUACUCCUGCAUUUCCUUACGGCAAGCCGCAGCUCAUUUUAGUCACAAGACCAUCUCUCCCCGCGGCGCGACUCGGCGCGACUCGGCGCGAGGGCCGCGUGUGAGAAAUGCGCGGCCGGGCCUGAUCUAGAUCAUGGACGGCGGAGGCUUUGAUGUCGAUCCGUCCCGAUGUAACAUUUCCAGCUACUCUUGCCAGUCAAAGUCGGGGACGAAGGACGAUCGACAACGAACCAAUUUCUUUACUUACCAAGAUGUAUUAUGCUUUGGGGGACAAAUGCCAAACUGGGCAUUAUUGAGGUGUCACAUGAGCAUGGCCGAUCUAUCAUCUCCCGCCGGGAUAAGGCAUUGCCGAGAGAAUCAGAUAUCAACCACCUCCUCACACCUCACACCUCACAUUUGGCGCGUAUCAGUCUUCGUUGGACGUCGUGUUGGUCGGGCCACGGUUGGGCUGUUGCUGUUGGACGGGCCGCUGUGCCUUUGUGACACGUCUCUCUCCCCUUCCAUUUGUUCAUUUACCGCUCUUCAGCCCAAAACAACAGCAACGGGGGGACAAGCUCGGAUUCGGCAUACCGUUUUAAGCGCUCAGCAGCCCCCCAACAGCCCAUGCGGCGGUGGUUAAGAUCAACAUGGCUGCAUCAUGUCGCCCGCACAGAUCGUUCCGAAACUGGCAGGACUCGGCUUGGAACUCAUCGGCCUCGAGAGACUCAAAUAGCUGCAAGUAUGGUCUGUGUGAGUAUGAUAGAUGGGGUGCUGGACACUUGAGAGGGAGUCUGUGUAGACGGUGUCUAGCUGGGCUGUAGCGGACCUCGAGCAACUUGCCAGAAGAAGACAAAUGAUGAGUAAGAUCGGACUCGCCCCAGAUGCUGGCGUGCCCGAUGACCACUCGGUUUUUAAUAGAGUACACAACCCUGACCGCAAGGCAACUCAGAGGGACGGUCGUCUGUGUGUUGCUGGAUAGUUGAGGAAUCUAGAGGUGUACGUCAAGGGAACGUCCCCAUAAACAGGUUCAACGGUUUUGAAACCGUAGAUGACUUCGUCG